AUGAGCUGGAGAGGGUGGAAGACAGGUGCUAGGGUAGGCAUGGGGCGGUAUGUCAAGGACAACUUGAAUGUGGUUUCUUUGUGGAAGAGGAAACUGAAGAUCCAAAGGGGUUUCGAGAAGGUGAAGGUUACAAGUUUGAUAGGACUUACUGUCUCCAAGCAGCUGAGAAAAUUGAGUCCCGAAGAUGGCGCCCGCAUUACCCUCCACGCCGCACACCUCGCACAUGCACUCGGAGACACCGAACGCGCAGGCGUAUGCUACCGUGUCGCCAAAUCCGUAGACGACGAAACCAAUGCAGGAACCGGGUACGUUGGUGCUGCUGCAUGCGCUGGGACUGUGCACUUGAUCGUAGGUAUUAUUCGUCUCGAAUAUGGACUGGUGAAGUAUGGCAAUACCUUCCAUGAUGGGCCAGCAAGAUUCUUUGCAGACGUGACCCAACAAACAUUUGUGACAAAGAAUACGAUAAUCACUUUGCAAACUUUGCUGGGUGACGGAGUGGUGGUUAUUUGCAAUCCGUUUGGUAUUUGUAUGGUCUAUGUGCAAGCACCGACUACCAAUGCCAAAAACGUCUUCGGCAACCAGACUGGACAUUGGAUCACGGUGUUCCUUUCCUUGACGCUUGCAACUAAUUUGCUCAGUUCAGGACUGUUGGCAUAUCACAUCUGGACGAUCGAACGCAAUGUCUCUGGGACUUACGCUACGAAUAAUGACAUGCCUAUAUUGCAGAUCAUUCCCAUCAUCUCGAUUGCCUUCUACAUGGUGUUUAUCUGUGUCGCAAUCAGCAAGAAGAUCCACGAAUGCCUCUCGGCUACUCUUUGUUGA